CCACCAAACAAAGCUAAGCCACGUGCCAUGUCUUUGCCAAGCCCUAAAAAGUCUUCAUCCAAACGUGACAAUUCAAGCAAGUACCCUAAAAGUUUAUCCGUUAAAGAUAUGCUGCACCUGGGAAAAGCCCUUCCAAAGAAGGAGUCAACCAUUAUAUCAAUUUUUCAAUUUAAUUUCAAACACAUGCGUUGGUCAAGUGUACAUGUACUCAUUAAAGCAGAGUUUAUGAUUGAAGAAUUGCCAUUUGCUACUGGUGGAUUCAUGGAAGCCUUUAAGGCCACAAGUAUAACAGCUGGCUUUGAAGAAACAACAUGGGUAGUGAAGAAGUGCCUGACCACUGCAGUAGACGUAAUUAGAGAAACUAACGAGACAGAACAAACACAUGCACAGACGUCAGUACAAAUGCAUUAUUUGGCAACAAAUUUUGUUUCACAGCUAAAUGAAAAAAUUGCCAAAAAAGGAAUAACAGAUUUUGGCGAAACCUUUUCAUACAAGAAAAUCUUCAUGGGUAAAACAGAAGAUGGGGAGUAUGUAGCAAUUGAGGAGUACAUAGAUGGCGACUUUGUCAAAUACAUAAAUAACGAUGGAGAUAUAUGUGAAGAUAGAGACAUUGGUGAUAAGGUGCAGGCAUUUGCUCACUUCACAUAUGAAAAAUCAGAGGGCACGUUAAUUGUUUUAGACAUCCAGAGUGCUGGGUACAAUCUAUAUGAUCCCGAAAUUGCUUCAUUGCAUUUGCUGGGUGAUGAAGGCAACUACAUGUUUUGUACUGGGAAUUUGUCUGAAACAGCAAUAACAUCCUUUUUUAGCAUUCAUGAAUGUAAUAAGUUUUGCAGACUCUUGUCUCUUAAGUUGAGACCAAAGAAGACCAAUGCCCAAUAA